ACCCCUCCUCCUAUUCUUCAUCAUCGUCAUCAUCAUCUCACUGGGCGCAUCUGCAGGCUGCAGGAGCAGAGCGAUAUGAGUUUACACGGAUAGCUACAUUUAAACUUAGUUUUUCCUUUCUGCUCACUAAAUAUCCUUCAAACAGAGAUGAAGGGUAUUUAAGUCAAAGACAAGUGGCAACCCCGGCUCAUAAAAAUAUUCGCUUUGUCACAUUAUAUUUUCUUUAAUUGAGUUCAUAAUGGGAUUACGCAUAUUUGGCACGCCACUUUACGCAUAUGCGUGCGUCUAUUUUUUUGUUUGCAUCCUGCAAGCUGCCCAGUCUCAGACGAAUCCGGGGACCCAACAAGGAAAUAACCAGAGAGCGGCUCUCCGGCAGACGCUGCAGUGGUCACACAACGGUAAGGUUUUUAGCAUUUUAAGCCAGGGCUCGGAGUAUCAGCCACCGAGGCGGAGGGGCGCACCUCAGGAGCAAGUGCAGGCGCGACCUGUCACCAUCAUUCGUGAUGCGGACGUGAGACACCCGGACACCUCGAGCCAGUCGGUGGCCCAGCAGCAGCAGCAGCCUCCCCGGCCGGCGUCCAACCCGCACAGCCCCCGCGAGCUUCCAACUCCACUCCAAAGGCUCGUGAGAGGGCACGAGCACCGCCAGCAUCACCAUGAGCGCACCGGUGAGCGCAGAGGGACGCAGAGGAGCAGCAAUGAGACCCAGCAAAAGGUCACUGUCAGUCCGCCUCUGCCCCGGAGAGAAGACAUGAUGGUCGGUGAUGAUCCCUACGACCCCUACAAGUCCACUGAUCCAGAUAAUCCAUAUUACAAUCAUUAUGACGUUUACGAGAGACCGAGGUCGCGAUCGAGACCCGGAUAUGGCACGAGAUAUCAUCAGUACGGUCUGCCUGAUCUGGUACCUGACCCCUACUACAUUCAGGCCUCUGCUUAUGCCCAGAGAGUCCCAAUGUACAACCUGAGAUGUGCAGCUGAGGAGAACUGUUUGUCAAGCUCGGCCUAUACGUCCAGUAUGAGAGACUAUGACACCCGCAUGCUGCUGAGGUUUCCUCAGAGAGUCAAAAACCAGGGGACGGCGGACUUCCUCCCCAGCAGGCCACGUUACUCCUGGGAGUGGCACAGCUGUCAUCAGCACUUCCACAGCAUGGAUGAGUUCAGCCACUACGACCUGCUGGAUGCCUCCACUCACCACUCGGUGGCUGAGGGCCACAAGGCCAGCUUCUGCCUGGAGGACACUUCCUGUGACUACGGCUACUACAGGCGAUUUGCCUGCACCUCACAUACCCAGGGCCUGAGCCCAGGAUGUUAUGAUACCUACAACGCAGACAUCGACUGCCAGUGGAUUGACAUCACAGAUGUGAAACCUGGAAACUAUAUCCUCAAGAUCAGUGUAAAUCCGAACUAUCAUGUCCCAGAAUCAGACUACAGCAACAACGUUGUGCGCUGUGAGGUUCGCUACACUGGCAACUACGCCUAUGUGUCAGGAUGUCAUAUGUCAUCGUAUUAAGAGAUAACAGGCAUUCACAUCAUCUAAGCGAAGAUGUACUGUAAAUGACAGUGCAGAGGACUGCAUAUGAAAGCAUAUAAAAAAUAAUUAUAUAAAUGUUAAAUUGUUAGAAACAUAUUUUUACAAUUUAAAAUUCUCACAAUUUAUAAUGUCACUAUGACAUCAUUUGACGAUAUAGUGACAGAUAAUGUUGAAUUCUUCUUUGGUUGUGUCGGUAGCAGCUUUUCUCCAUACUGUCCAUAAGAAUAUACCUAUCUAAUCUUUGCUUUAGAAUCAUUUUAAUUUCUUACUUCUGUCAUAUUUUACUGUAUUCUUGCGUUUUAUGCUACUUGUAAGAUAGUUAAAGAAUAAAAUCCAUGAAAUUAAAAAAUCUUAGCAAGUUACAAAUGUAAACAAGCUUACCCUCAUUGUUAAAUCAAUGUCAGUUAUAUUACAGUUUUAAAAUGAAGGAAAAUGUAUGUGUUAUAUUUAUAUGCAACGGAAGAAACUCUCUUUACACCAAAACCUUUGUUGAAACUGAGUUGAAUAAAACUUACUGAUAUUGUGUCACUGUU